GUUUCCCUUUUCUUCUUUAUACUGUAACUGCUAUUCUUAUAGCAGAUCCUUCAUAAAAGUUAUUGCACUACAUUCUUGAUUAAAUUAUCUUUCCAUUGAUCUAUAAUUUUAGGGUACUCCUCCAAAUAAAAAAAAAGAAAGUGGUGUUAUUAGCUAGUUUUAGAAAAUAACAACUUUUCCCAAAAGGUUUCCACAAUUUUGGCCACUCCUGUAGCUUGCCGUGGUUCUACAAAAUAAACAGAGAAGAUGUCAUGGGAUUUCUAAUGUCUCCUUUCUUAUUGCUUCUCCCGGAGAGGAAGAGCAACGACAUUAACCAAAAUUUUCUGAGCCAGGAUCUGAAGAUCGCUGUUGCUUAGUUUGUUGGGGGGGUUGGAAUUGGCAGGGAAAAAAGCACAGACUCCUGUAAGUCUAAAUUGGAAGUUGAUCCAGUCAACAAUGAAGGAUGCAGCUCCUCUAUUGAUCAUCAGAUUGGUUUCUCUUUUGCAAGGGAGGCCGACAGCUCUUCCUUUUCCUUUGUUUGUUUCCUUGUCUUGUGUUUUUCUGUUUUUUCCCCUUUUCAGCAGACAGUGGCACCCACAAACCCUAUCUCAGUUUCCUGCCAUUCAAACGCGAGCCACGCACGGAUUGGAAACCUACAAACGGACCUCAGGAAAGGGAUGAGAAGCCGAGAAGACAGUUGGGAAGACUUCAUACAUGCAACUGCAGCCAAUUUCCACUCCAUGUGACACGGGGGAAAGCUGCUAAUGAAAGUCGCUCUCGCAAGAGACAGCCUGCUAUGUGCUGUUGUCCACACAGGCACACAGUUGUCUUGGCAAAACACAAAGAGCUGAGAAGUACUCUUACGUAGCUUUGGCAUGCUGUCCGUGAAAACUUGGAGUGAGUGAAAACAAUCCAUAAAAAACAAACAAACCCCAAGACGCUUAAAAUAGCUGGAUGAUAAUUCAAGGCUCUGCUUGCCGGAGGACAGAAAAGGGAAGGCUGACACAUCCUUUUUUUCUAGGCGUCUGGUACAGUAAUCCUAUUAAAGGGAUGUCCUCUAGCAUCAAAUCUGUGCCAGGGGUGAUUAGCCCCCAAAAGAUCAACCAGGUAGGUAGCCAGGAGAUGAUGAAUGUUCCGAUUGUCAAAUGUCCCUAUACCGGAAGGGACCUAAGUCGUAAUCUCGAUCAACUUUGUUGGGAUGACAAAGCUGGCACUCAGGACAAAAAGAAAAGCCGGAAGCACCAGCGCUACAUGAUGCGCAGAGCACUGGAGCAGAAUGGACACCUGGCCACCAGAACACAGGAGAAAAAUCUUGUGAGAACCACAGAGGUCUCUGAAAUGGAUGGGAUGCAGGACUCGUCGUCCUGGGAAAACGGAAGUAGCCAGGUUUUGCAGAAGGAUGUGAUGACAACUCAGGAGACUUCUUUCAGAUUUGGUGAAGCUGUCUCCAUUUCCUCUGAGGAACUAGCCAAGCAGCCGUCAUCUUCCCAAGGUCUUCAGAACCUGCUAGCCUCCCCCAGAAAAAGGAGUAGUCCCUUCCUGUGUCAGAUGCCUCAGAAAUCUAUGACGCGUGUGGCCAUUGACUGUGAAAUGGUAGGGACGGGUCCUUCCGGAAAGACGAGCGAGUUGGCACGCUGUACGGUAGUGAGCUAUGAUGGUGAUGUGAUCUAUGACAAAUACAUUCUUCCAGAAAGUCCAAUAGUAGAUUAUAGGACGCGCUGGAGUGGCAUCACCUGGAAGCACAUGAGAAAAGCAAUUUCUUUCAGGAUUGCACAGGGUGAGAUCAUACAGAUCUUGAAGGAUAAAAUAGUUGUGGGCCAUGCUCUCCACAAUGAUUUCCGAGCCUUAAAAUACUUUCCCCCCCGAGCCUGGAGGCGUGAUACAAGUCAGUGUCCUCUGCUGAAGAAGAAGAUUGCAUCAACUCUGAAACCAAGCAUGUCUCUCAAGAGCCUAGCUCAUCAGCUGCUGCACAAAAACAUUCAGGUUGGCAAACGCGGGCAUUCAUCUGUUGAAGACGCUCAAGCUUCUAUGGAGCUUUACAGAUUGGUAGAGUUUCAAUGGGAGGAACUCCUGACGCCGAGUCACCCCACAGGCCCUUCAGACGGCAUCCCGGAAGGUGAUACCGAUGACAGUUGCUACAUGGAUGAUCAAUACUGGCCCAAGGACCUUGACGUAGACUGCAAAUGAAGGUUCAGAAGGUUUUAGAAAAGUUGGUAAAGAAAUGACGCCACUAAUUCUGAAGAGAGAGCCAGGAUUCGUGUCUUCAGCAUCGAUGAAACGGCAUUAUUUACAUCUGUUUUCCUCAAAGGGUCCGUGCCAAAGAAAACUUGGAGCCCAAAAUUAGCUUUUUUAUCAGUUUUGAACCGUGGAGAUUGGUGCCUGAAGAACCUCUGGCCUCUAAGCCUUUGAACUUUGAGCUAAAAGAAGCUGCCAACUUGAGCUGGGUAGAACCCCCGUUUAUCCAGAAAAGCUAUUUCCUUUUUAGAAAGCACCUUUCUCCAUCCUUUUCUCGCUGAAUGAAUGAUGUAUGAGUAAAUUGCUGAAUCGGCCUAGACCUUUGGGGGGGGAGGGGGCAAUUCAAGCUGAUCGAAUUUUACUUCCAGCCUAAUUUUAGAUUUACUAUCUGAUUAUAAUGCUGAGUAAAGACGUAAGGCGAUGAGUAUUCAAUCUUAA